GAAAGUUGGAACAAACUCAACAAGUCAACCAAAUUCUAAAUAAAAAUCCCAGCCACGUGCAAAAUCCUUGGGCACGUGCGUAAAUUCAUCAUGUUUAUCUUUCGUUGAGGCAUUUCGUCGAACACCAUGUAUGAGAGAAACUGAAGGAGUUUGGUUUUGCUUGCCCUAGGUAACCCGCCAUGAUUUCUCUCCUUAAAGCUCGCGAGAAGCUUCUCUAUCCUCUCUUCAGUUCCACUAUCCAAAAGCUCUCCUCUAGUCUCUCUACUGUGAGUCAUUGUGUGGGGAUUGGAGAAGAUUCUCAUCAAGAUUCGAGAGACUCUGAAGUCGUUAUUCACCCGAGUGCUGAUGUACACCCAAAUGCUGUGAUUGGCAAGGGAGUUUCAGUUGGUCCAUACUGUACAAUUGGGUCUUCAGUAAAGCUAGGCAAUGGCUGCAAACUCUAUCCUUCUAGCCAUAUCUUUGGAAACACUGAGUUAGGGGACUCUUGUGUUCUGAUGCCUGGUGCUGUUGUUGGCGAUGAGCUGCCUGGUUAUACAGUCCUAGGAUGCAAUAACGUCAUUGGUCACCAUGCUGUGGUUGGUGUUAAAUGUCAAGACUUGAAGUACAAGAAUGGGGAUGAAUGUUUUCUUUGCAUCGGUGACAACAAUGAAAUUAGGGAGUUCUGCUCUAUUCACAGGUCAUCAAAGCCCAGUGAUAAAACGGUUAUUGGUGACAACAAUCUAAUCAUGGGCUCUUGUCAUAUUGCUCAUGAUUGCAAGAUUGGUGACCGCAACAUAUUUGCCAAUAAUACACUUCUUGCGGGCCAUGUGACUGUAGAAGACUAUACACACACAGUAGGAGCCACGGUCAUCCACCAGUUCUGUCAUAUUGGCUCCUUCGCUUUCCUUGGUGGUGGUUCUGUGGUUUCACAAGACGUUCCAAAGUAUAUGAUGGUGACUGGAGAGAGAGCCGAGCUUCGUGGUUUGAAUCUGGAGGGACUUAGACGAAAUGGAUUUACCAUGUCAGAGAUGAAGAGCCUAAGAGCAGCCUAUCGUAAGAUAUUCAUGUCUACCGAAACAGUUUCCUUAAGUCUUGAAGAGCGUCUCACGAAGAUGGAACAGGACCAAGAGCUGUACAGUGUUCCUGCAGUAUCCGCAAUGUUGCAGUCAAUCCGAGAUUCUUUCACAGAAAGUCGCCGUGGGAUAUGCAAGUUUAGGCAAUGGCUUGAUUCCUGAGUUUCAAUCUAAGAGACUUCGCCUUGGCAUCCAUUGAUUAGCAAUGGCUUAAAAUUAUGUUCGACACCAUGUGUUCCACUGGAUCUCUAAUAGCCUGAUAUAUAUAUAUAUAUAUAUAUAUAUAUAUAUAUAUAUAGCUUUGACGAAGUGUUGCCAUCAUUGUGUGGACACAUAACACAUUCUUAAAUUCAUUUGUUGUUGAAAACAAAGUCUACAGAUGUCAAACCAUGGAGCAUUAGUCUAGGAAUUAUCUCGAGUUUUUAUUGCUAUGAGUCUGAGUCCACCCAUCAAAUUCACCUUUUCGUUAGGUCUUGUAUUCUUGUGUUUUUCCCUCACAAAGCAUGAUCAAAAAUAAUGUUAGUCUAGAGCUCAUCAUGACUGAGAUAAGCCUUUUUAUUAACUCUUAAACCACCGAGCUAGGUAUACGUUAUUUAAAUAUCAAACUGGCUUUUUAUCAGGAUACGUACGGAUCACUCUAGGGCAUGGCGACGAAUGAACCACCUCCACCGCAAAAGCGCAUGGUCGCAGAAAUCACCCCGCCGGACGUAGGUAAGUCGGUCGAAGAAACCAGCCGGACCUAUUAUGUUUUGGAAGAAGGAAGGUAUGUUCCUGUUAAAAAAGGAUCCGACGUCGCACCAGCACCAGCACCAGAACCAGAUUCAGACGAGGAUGUUGAUCCGGUUCUGGAAGCAGAGUAUAAUCGUCAACUUCAAGAAUCCGAUGGAUUUGAUCUUAACGUAUGUAUACCAAAUGGUUCGUUGUUUCCUUAUAAAUUUCAUGAUCAUCAUGAGGAUGAGCUUCGCAUUUGUACUAGGGUCGGACUUCAUUGUUUCAAUUUUCACAAGGGCUCAAAUAUAAUGUUAUGUUCACCGGAUUGACGACGUACUUUAUAACUGCUGACGUUAUUGAUCCAUCCAGCAAUUCGUCUUUUGUUUUCCAAACGUGUGUUACGCAAACUUCGUGGCGCAACAACGAAGAUUUCAAAAUAGAGACUGAACUUUGUAGGCUUAAACCCGAUACUCACGGUUCUAAGGCCGAGGUCGAGGGUUGUCCUUGGGAUUCGGAAGCAAUUCAUGAUUUCUACAAAGGUGGUCUGAAUUGGCUUCCGGAUGAUGCUUUGGUGCAAUCUAGUGAUAAUCAACAUCAUUUUUACGAGCUUCAAGACACAGACAUUCGCGAAUAUGAUUGGCUUAAUAUGUAUGCUGACUACGCAUUUUAUACGCUGUGGGAAAAUGGCUUGACAAAGCUCAAGUUUGCUACGCCUCUGGAGAUCAAAAAGGUCGUUGUACAAACUCAUGAAGCCAUGGAGCCAAAGGAAAUGCUCAAGGCCGGGAAUGCAGUCUUCUACAUUAAUUUCAGGGACUGUGGUCUGACUGAAGAACACCGAGCGGUGGUAAGAAGAACCACAGAUGGGCAUCCCGCACACCUUUGUCUUGAAGUUAAGUUUCCGGUUGGGGACUUUAUCUGAUCUAUUGACUAAAUUUGGUCUGUACACAUAAUAGUCUAAGAUGUUGCAGAUUAUCCUCUGCCUUUUAUCUAUUUAUUUGGUAAUCUACUCGUAACAAUAUCUUAUC